AUGACCCAAUCGAGGCGACGAGUCUCCUACGUGAUACCACCACCGACGACCCAUGUUCGUCGUCUCCAGCUCCCACCGCACGGCAGUCAACGACUAGGAGCCGUUUCGCCCCUGUUGACCCCGCAUCCGACCCAGGCGGCAUCCGACGACGUCGAGGAAACCCCGCCAUGGGCCAGGCACCCGCGACACAGGCUUGGGGUGUCGGCAUUGGCACUGGACACGACGACCUGCUUGGCGGGUCGCAGUGCGCCCGAGGGCAUUCUGUACUCCGGCGGCCGCGACGGCCUGGUUAUUGCUCGAGAUCUGCGGGUUCCAAUGAAGAGACGGCGAGCUCAGCUGUCAUCCCAGAACCGGUUAAAGGACCGUUGGGAGGUUAUCACCGGCUGGGCGGACGACGCGAUUGAAGAAGAGGGUGAGGACGGCGAGGAACGCGGUCCCGAUGGCGACGUGCUCGGCGAGGUCGCCGCACAAACCAAGAAACAGCGGUCGGCGAGCAUCUCGGGCGACGUCCAGCUCGAAAACAUGUGGGAGACGGACAUGGGUCUGUUCAAGGCUGGCGUUCACAGUGAAUUCAGGCAAUCUGCGCAAGCCCAUUCGGACUGGAUUAACGACAUUCUUCUAUGCAAUUAUAACCAGACAGUCAUCACGGCGUCGUCAGAUGGAACAGUGAAGUCCUGGAACCCACAUUCUUCAAUACCUACCGAUCCAGUGGUCAUCGGCACGCAUGUGGAUUAUGUUCGUUGCCUGUCCUUGUGCCGCGAAAGGAAUUGGGUCGCCUCCGGAUCCUUUGAUCGAACUAUCAAACUAUGGGACUUGAGCAGGCCAAGCUCGCAGUCUCCUGAGCCUUUGGUGACACUCCAUCCCGCUGACGCGACGGCUGCGAAAGCGUCAGUGUAUGCUAUUGCUUCGGAUCCUUUUGGUCGGACUAUCGCGUCAGGUUCUCCGGAACGAGUGGUCAGGCUUUGGGAUCCUCGUACAGGAAAGAGGACGGGCAAGCUCGUCGGUCACACCGACAACAUCCGUGCCAUCUUACUGUCUGAAGAUGGACGCUAUCUCUUGACCGGCUCUGCUGAUGCUUCCAUCAAGCUAUGGUCUCUUGCUUCACAAAGAUGCUUGCACACGUUUACCCACCACACGGAGUCGGUCUGGUCGCUAUACUCCUCCCACCCCUACUUGGAAACGUUCUACUCGGGAGACCGCACAGGACUCGUCUGUCGAGUCGACGUCGAGGGCUGUGGUGACCUUUCCGAUGGAGAGUGCAUCCUGCUGUGCAAUGACUCGACGGACUGCAGCCACCCUGCAUCGGAAGGGGUGAAUAGCAUCGCUGUCAUGGACGACAAUCUCUUGUGGACGGCAUCCGGCUCGUCGACCAUCAAACAGUGGCAUAUACCUCAACCACGGCGCUCGAGAGUCGUCGAGCAAGGCGAUGGAAUCAUCCACUCACCUCCCAUCAAACGGCGUUUACCUGUGUUCCAAACCAGUGGUAUUGCGUCAGAAGCGAGCACCCGUCCCUCCACGGGCAGUGGGGAACAGCCCCGCCGCAUGUCCUCCGCUCCAUCGGUCCGUUCUCUCUUUUUCGACCAACAGAACAAGCCCCGGGAUCUCGGCUUGGACGACAAGCUGAACGGUCUUCCACUCGACUCCCUAGUAAAACUCCUUUCCCCGAACGACCCCUUCGCCUCGUUCACCCAUGGCCGGACGAUGCGGGACCCCGAAGUGGCGACGCUUUAUUCUGCUGCAUCGAUUGCGUCCGUUCCGCGCGGCGCUGGGCGUGCCUUCACCUACCCCGCUCUCCAAAGUAGUCCACUUCAAAGCUCCAGAACGGAGGAGACGGUCAUACCUACCAGCAUUGCCCGAGCGAACUACGAAGAGCGGGAACUGGCGUCCGAUGCCACGCCGUACUGUACGCAGCCAGACGACAUUAUCAAAGGCGACGAUGGCCUCGUACGAUCGAUUAUCCUUAACGACCGUAUACAUGCGCUCACUGUUGACACUGCGGGAGAGGUGGGGGUAUGGGAUAUCGUGCGUGGCGUGUGUCUGGGUACGUAUCACCCUGAGGAUGUGGCUGCCGCUAGCCAUGCAGGCAGCGUCUCUAGUGGGGCUGGCGAUACUAAGGAGCGGAGUCCAAGAGAGGCUCUGGAGGCAGUCAGGGAGAGGAUCGAGGGGGAAGGGGUUGCGAAUACGUGGUGUGCUGUUGAUACCAAGGCGGGUGUUCUCACCGUGCAUAUGACGGAGCGGUGCUUCGAAGCUGAGGUCUACGCCGACGAAGUUGGGUUUGCGCAUGAUAAACAUAUCUCUGAGGAAACUAAACUGAAUGUCGGGAAAUGGGUUUUGAGAAACUUGUUCAUUGGUUUCAUCAGGGAAGAAACUCGUCCUAAAAACAUUCGUGACUCCCCGCCUGGUGGAGCGGAGAGUGUUCUUCCACCAUCUAUCAGUCGUGUUACCCAUGAAGCCUCGCUCGAGUCCCAUCGCAAACUUCGCCAUCGCCGCACGCAUUCGAUCGAGUCGUCCAGGAAGGGGUCCAAACACAUACCCAUGAGCAGUACGGUGAUCAACUCUCCCAAGAUGAUACCUGCUGUUGCGCCGGUUCCAGCGACUGCCCUUCCACGAUCAUCUCCUUUGCUAACCCCCAUGAUUCCCCUGCACCCGCCGAAAGAAGCCUUACCCCCUAUCACCCAGAGCCCGUUACCUUCACCUGCAAACGAAAUGGCUCCCACCACCCCUUUCCACCAACGGACGCGAUCCGGAACGGUGGAUGGCUCAAUUGUACGAACACCAUCUACUGGGCCACCAAAGGAGGAUUACUUUAGCAUUCGGAGACAGUCGUCGACUGCUGGUCCCGAUGAGACGCCUACGGCUAUGUCUUUGCCCACCCCUACCGCAAAUGCGAAGAUCGAACCGCCUCCGACGCCUAGCACGCCGAGUGGGCUGAUGGGGAGGUUGAAGAGCUUUGGGAAGAUGGGCAAGCGGCCUGUGAGUGAUUCAGCAAGCCCGGUUCUCGGUGCUGUUACGCCGACUCUGGAUACUGUGAACCCUGUCGAGGACAUUCCGAUUGAGAUUGCCAAGACGCCAAUCCAGCAACUCCUCUCUGGGCCUCUGACGCCUCCUGGCAAUGCAGAUGCGCCACUUCACGCCUUCCCUCCACAGACAGUCGUCUUGAUCUCUGAAGAAGCGACGCCGAGUUACAGAACGUUGUAUCGGGGAUACGUUUCGGGCACACAGUAUGACACCAAGAUCCUCGAAGAGGUCAUGCCUCUCUGGUUGGCGGAGUAUUUGUUGCUUAACAAGUUGCCACCGAUGGCUCCGUUGCAGAAGAUGAGCUUCGUGCUGUUGCCUUGGAAUAAGGACCCUGAUCAAGAGCCUCUGCCUGAGUUGUUGAACUCGUAUGUCCAAGACAAACUCGAGAAAGCCACUUCAGCGGAAUCACGCGCGGGUUCGAUCCGCUCGUCCGUCGACAGUCACCAUGCCGCUCAACAACAACAACAACAACACCAAGGCAACAGAUCUCCUCGACUCCGCCCUGACGAACAGUAUGAGAUUUUGUGUAAUGAAGCGGUGUUGCCUGUGGAUAUGACGCUGGCUGCUGUGCGGCAGUAUGUGUGGAGGCAGUCGGCGGAGUUGGUGAUGUAUUAUAGGCGGAAGGUGUCGACGUUGAGCCAGAGUCAGAGUGGGAGGGGGUCUGUCACUGUGAGGGAGGUGCCAGUGCAGCGUGGAGAGGCUUUGUAG